CGGUGACUGCCCCUUCCUCACCUCGCCUCGCUUGUAUCUUGUCUCCGCCGCCCCUCGAUCCUGGUCAGGGCGAAGGCGAAACCUCUCCCACUACGAUACGAUCAUGUACCGAGUUGCAGUUUCGCGCCUCAGGGCACUAGAGCAUCAUGCACGUGCAACUAGAUAUGCAAGUACGAGUGUUGCAAAAAGAUCAUCUGGUGGUUUCUUUAGCUGGCUUACAGGAGAACAGUCUAGUCAACUUCCUCCUCUAGAUUUCCCACUUCCAGGUGUGAUGCUUCCUCCACCUUUACCCGACCAUGUAGAGCCAGGGAAGACAAAGAUCACAACUCUUCCAAAUGGUGUCAAGAUUGCCUCUGAAACAUCACCAAACCCAGCUUUCUCGCUUGGGCUAUAUGUUGACUGUGGUUCUGUGUAUGAAACACCCUUAUCAUUUGGUGCUACACAUCUCUUGGAGCUCAUGGCUUUUAAAAGCACAACAAACAGGAGCCAUUUACGCAUUGUGCGUGAAGUAGAAGCAAUUGGAGGCAAUGUCAUGGCAUCUGCUUCUCGUGAACAGAUGGGUUAUACUUAUGAUGCUCUCAAGACUUACAUGCCUGAAAUGGUAGAGGUGCUAGUUGACUGUGUCAGAAAUGCUGCUUUCCUAGAUUGGGAAGUUAAUGAACAGUUGCAGAAAGUAAAAGCAGAAAUAGGAGAAAUUUCAAAGAAUCCCCAGGGUUUGCUUUUGGAGGCUAUUCAUUCCGCUGGUUAUUCUGGUGCAUUAGCGAAUCCUCUCAUGGCUACCGAAUCUUCAAUAAACAGAUUGAAUAGUACUACUUUGGAGGAGUUUGUUGUGGAGAACUAUACAGCUCCUAGAAUGGUGCUUGCGGCAUCAGGUGUCGAGCAUGAAGAGUUGGUAUCAAUUGCUGAACCACUGUUAUCAGACCUUCCCAAAGUGCCUCGCCCUGAAGAGCCAAAGUCUGUUUAUGUUGGUGGAGACUACAGAUGUCAAGCAGAUUCUGAUAAGACACAUGUUGCUCUUGCUUUUGAGGUUCCUGGUGGUUGGCGUCAAGAGAAGGAUGCCAUGACACUUACAGUGAUUCAGAUGCUUAUGGGAGGAGGAGACUCUUUUUCUGCUGGUGGUCCUGGAAAAGGAAUGUACUCUCGGCUAUAUCUUCGUGUCUUAAAUGAACACCAACAGAUCCAGUCAUUCUCUGCUUUUAAUAGUAUAUACAACAAUACUGGCAUAUUUGGGAUUCAUGCCACUACUAGUUCAGAUUUUGUCUCUAAAGCUAUUGAUUUGGCUAUAAGAGAACUACAUGCAAUUGCAACUCCUGGACAAGUUGAUCAGUUACAGCUUGAUCGAGCUAAAGAGUCUACCAAAUCUGCAGUGUUGAUGAACCUGGAAUCAAGAAUGGUAGCAUCUGAAGAUAUUGGGCGACAGAUUUUGACCUAUGGAGAAAGGAAACCAAUUGAGCAUUUCUUAAAAGCCAUUGAUAAAGUAACUCUCAAAGAUAUUACCACCAUUACGGAAAAGAUCAUCUCUUCACCACUUACAAUGGCAUCUUGGGGUGAUGUUAUCCAUGUUCCAAGCUAUGAAUCCGUCAGUGGAAAGUUCCACUCGAAGUGAAUGGUUUCCCACCAUCAGUGAGACUUUUGACAAUUUUGAAGCUGCAGAUAGGAAAUAUGGACAAUAUAUGGGCAUUCCAAGUUUACGUUAAAGUUUAUCACCUGUGUACCAAUAAAUUUGCUUGCAAAUUGCCAUCAUCACUUGUCUUCAGCCUCAUCUUGUUAACUUUGUGAAAAACACAAAGGCUGAGUUUAUUUCCCAUUGUUCCAAUUUUGUGGCCGCUUGUCAUUUGGCCACGCUGCUAAAAGGUGAACUUCGAUUGUUCUUUUUUUUUUUCUGAAUAUCAAUCUGUUCAAUUUGUUCA